CAGGAAUCAAACUCAGGACCUUGCACUUGCCAGGCAGGCGCUGUGCCACUGAGCUAUCUCCCCGGCACUGCUUCUUCCCUCUAUUCAACUUCCUUCCCAGAGUCCAUACUGCAAACAUGGCUGCAGUCCUCACCUGGGCUCUGGCCCUACUCUCAGCGUGUUCAGCCACCCAGGCACGGAAAGGCUUCUGGGACUACUUCAGCCAGACCAGCAGGAGCAAGGGUGUGAUGGAGCAGAUCCUGCAGCAGAAGCAGGCCCAGGACGAGGCGAGGCUGAAAGACAGCUUCGAGCAGGACCUCAGCAACAUGAACAAAGUCCUGGAGAAUCUGGGUCCCCUUGGUGGGCAAAGGAAGGAUCCUUCUCUGCUGGCCCAGGACCAGGACCUGCGGCAGCAGCUGCAGGAAGAGCUGGCGCAGGUGAGGGCUCGUCUGCAGCCCUACAGGGAGGAGGUACACAAGCAGGUGGGCUGGAACUUAGAGGGGCUGCGGCAGCAGCUGAAGCCCUACACCAUAGAGCUAAUGGAGCAGGUGGCCUCGCGUGUACAGGAGCUGCAGGAGCAGUUGCGUGUGCUUGGGGAAGGCACAAAGGCCCAGUUGCUGGGUGGCAUGGAUGAGGCACUGGGCCUGCUGCAAGACAUGCCCAGCCGCGUACUACACCACACUGGCCGUGUUAAAGAGCUCUUCCACCCAUACGCUGAGCGCCUGGUGAGUGGCAUAGGCCACCAUGUGCAGGAACUGCACCGCAGCGUGGCCCCGCACACAGUUGCCAACCCAGUCCGGCUUAGCCGCUGCGUACAGACACUGUCCCGCAAGCUCACGCUCAAGGCCAAGGCUUUGCAUGCGGGCAUCCAACAGAACCUGGACCGGCUAGGCAAAGGGCUUAGUGCCUUUGUCCGCACCAGCACAGAUAGGGCUGAGGAGGGGGCCAGCUUGGAUCCCCAGUUGCUUUCUGAGGAGGUGCGCCAGCGACUUCAGACUUUCCGCCAGGACACCUUUGAGCAAAUUGCCGCAUUCACACGUGCCAUCGACCACGAGACAGAGGAGAUGCAGCAGCAGCUGGCGCCACUCCCGCCAGGCCACACUGCCUUCACCCCUGAGUCCCCACAAGCAGAUGGUAGCAAAGCCCUGAGCAAGGUGCAGGCCCGUCUAGACGACCUCUGGGAAGACAUCACAUACAGCCUUCAAGACCAGAGCCAUAGCUAUCUGGGAGAACCCUGAAGGCCAACUUGCCGUGGUUCAUUCCCUAGCUCCUGGUGUGAGUGGCCCAGGACCUCAGCAUGGCUUGCUGGGCAAGGGCGGAGGGUUCUGCACAGGAUAGGUGAAGCCACCAGGGGGUUGCUGUCCCUGGCAUGACCAUCCUCAACUUCCCCAUCCAGAUGCAUUACACUCACUAGGCUUUGCCAACCCAGCUUUCUGUACUCAUUUAGUCAUUCUCAGGAAUUUCACUACUCAGGUGGAGGGAGUAGGGAGGGAGAAAGGCCAUAUGUCUGCAAGCCUGUGUGAGAUGGUACCAGAAGCCUGUGCCACUGCGCCUCAAGUGUGGUUCCUGUCACUUCUGGAUGACUGAUGGUCGCUGCUACAGCUGGUCCAUAGAGAGAAGCUCUUGUUUCCCCAUGGCCACCACGACAGCUUCUUUUUUUUUAAAUGCAUUUUA